CUUCAGCAUUUCCCUUUUCUGUAUGUUCCAUAACAAAAACAAGGAAUUCACAAAGCUCACAUUGCUUCAUAGAUAUAUCAAAAGUUAUAUUUGAGACAAAAUGUUAAAGAUCGCAAGAAUUUUUCUAACUACUCGUGCUGAUUAUUCCACCGCACAGCGUAUGGUUGCAUCAAUAAGUCGAACACCGGUGAUAACGUGUAAGCGCACGCAGUUCAAUCUGUUUGUGGAAGACGUUGCAUCUUCUGGAAAUAGCGGCAAUGAACAUGUUAAGUUUGGGAAACUGGAGCUAGCUUCCUCUGGUUGGCAUCAUCACAAAUCAUCCGGAGACUAUUUCAUUAUCCAUCCGAUACGUCAGGCUUUUGAAGCGCAUGCUUUGAGUCAGAACUCGUUCCAACAGUUGGGUAUAAGAGAUGAGCUGGUGCAGAAUUUGAAGCAACGCCAUGUGCUGUUCCCCACCGUAUAUCAAGCUGAGGCCAUUCCGACUGUUCUAAAUGGUAGUCAUAUACUGUUGGCCGCAGAGACAGGAUGUGGCAAGACCUAUACCUAUUUGGUACCGAUCGUAGAGCAGAUUUUAUCCAGGAAACUGACCAACGUCGCAAGGGAAUUCAAUUCGCCUUUAGUAUUAAUUGUAACCCCGGGAAGAGAACUAGCCCAGCAGAUUGGACGCGUGGUUGAAGGCUUCACACAAGGAUUGGGUAUCACAUCACGAGUAUUAUUGGGAGGUAAAACUAAACAGCAAAUGCUGAAUCCUCAUUUUGAGGAUGUAGAUAUUCUCAUUGCCAGCUUUGGUGCAGUUAGCAAACUUGUGUCUAGUGGAAUAUACAGGAUGAACGCAGUGCGUUGGGUUGUUCUUGAUGAAGCCGACACACUUUUGGAUGAUAGCUUCAAUGCAAAGCUGUUACAUCUGAUGAAGCGCUUUCCAUUUCACAAAAAUCACCUUCAAGAUUUAGGAGACAAUAUAUUUGGAACGCAACUAGUUUUGGCCGCUGCAACAAUGCCUUCGAACAUGAGCGAACUACUUAGUCAGAUAGUUAAUAUUGAAACGAUGGAGGAGGUAGUUAGUCCUAAUCUGCAUAAACUCAUGUCUCACAUUUCGCAACGCUUCAUGAGAAUAAAUAAAUCAGAUCGUCCGAGUGUUUUGCUAGAUAUAGUUCGGAAAGAUGUGAAGCGCAAUCGACCGCUGAUCAUUUUCAGCAAUAAAACGCCUGCCAGUGAUUUCGUCUCAAUUCACCUGAAUGAAGCUGAUAUACCCUGCGUAAAUCUAAACGGCGACAUGUUGCUGAAACUCAGAUUGGGCCAGUUCGAAAAAUUUCAAUCAGGGGAAGUAAAUGUAUUAUCGACGACGGAUGUGGCAAGCCGUGGGUUGGACACAACACGUGCUGCACAUGUGAUCAAUUUCGAUUGUCCGUUAUAUGCUGCGGAUUAUAUACAUCGCAUUGGUCGGAUAGGACGAGUGGGAAGCAGAAACGAUUGUUUGGUCACCAAUUUAGUAUCCAGCCGGUCUGAGAUCAGUGCGAUUCAACGCAUUGAACAUGCAGCCAGAACGAAUAGUUUAUUAGCGAAUGUUGAUGCAAACAUAAAAGGAAUCAUUAGGAGAAAAAUAGAGCGCAGCAUAAAUAGUGCAAAAUAAACAUUCGCACAAUAAAAUGAUAUAUAAAGAAAA